UCAAUAGAUUAAAUAUCAUGACUAUAACUAACACGAAAUGCUGUGAGACUGGGUUGAAAUAAUACAGCGCACAAGUCGAAAGUUUCAUGCAAUUUUUGUUAACAUGUGAGCUGAAACAGUUUUUAUCCAUUCAUGGAGGGGUGGCCUUGUUGGAUUCCGGGACAGGGACUCAACUCCCUCUGACUGAGCGACAGGCUGUCUGCGUCAGUGCACCAUGAACCGAGCUGCUGUGGGGUCGCCCCGCAGGACUCCCUCAGCCCCAGUAUGCAACAUCUCUACCACCUUGGCCUUCGACCAGCACUUCACCACAACUGCCACAGGAAAACUCCACCUGGCUGAGAUAGUGUUUGGUAUGUUGGUGUGGAUUCUGGUUGGGGGUACAGAGUAUUUUCAUCCGUCUGCUCUCUGCUGGGUGAUGUUUGUUGCCAUUUUGUGCUGGGUUCUGACCAUUUGCCUGUUUAUAAUGUACCUCACUGGAGCCCACAACAGGAUACCACAGGUCCCCUGGACUACACUGGCGCUGUGCUUGAACUGCAGUGCUACAGCUCUGUAUCGUGUAGUAGAUUUUCUCUCAGUCAACCAGGCUGUCAGGGGGAGACACAACUACAACUGCUGGGCAGCAUCUGCAUUAUUUGCAUUUCUGACCACACUGUGCUAUGCAGGAAGCAGUUACCUGAGCUACUGUGCCUGGAAAACCGCAGAAGAAGGACAGUAGUUUGUUACUUGCUGAAGGCAACAAUGAGAAGAUCUUCUCUGAGUAAUGUUUCUGAUACCUUCACAGCAGGUCAAGGCUGCAGUCAAAUUAACUGUCAUAUGUUCAGCAGAACGUCAUAAAGUCAGAUGUCACAUGUUUUAUGUGAAGUGCAGCGAUACACGAACAAAUAAAAAUAAUAUGUCCACAAUCCUGCACACAGUAGUUUUCAGUAAUUUUAUGUUAAUACAAUACAGCUUUAUUUAUAGAGCACUUUAAACCUCCAGACCAAAGUGCUGUACAGGCAAAUAAAUAAAACAAAACAUACAAAAAAAUAACAGCACAGCUCACACACCAUAAAACAAGUAGGCUACAAGUAAAAACAAUAGACAAUUUAAAAGCAAUAAAAGCAACGCUCUAAAAGAUGUUAAUACGCUAAGGAGUAGAGGUGGGUUUUAAGAAGCGUUUUAAAAGCAGGCAGUGUGGCGGCCUGUCUGAUGUGCAUGGGCAGAUCGUUCCACAGUGUGGGAGCCGCUACAGAGAAGCAACGGCCCCCUCUGAGCUUUGACUUGGUUCUGGGCACGUAAUCCAAGUAUAAUUUGCCCCUGAUAUACGAAAUAAAGUUAAAGACAUUGAGUAUAUACUUUUUGCAGAAGACCAGAGUGUGUUUGUUUACAUACAACCAACUUGCUUUGAAUGUGUUUGUUGUUAUUCAUUUUGCAUAAUAGCCACAAUGUCAUAAGAAAAACGGAGUACCUUAAAACGCAACGAACGGUAAUGAGGCUGAGAUUGAACAUCACAUUCAAAUCAAAAAUAAUUUGUAUACAUAUAUACAUUGUUAUCCUACAGUGGGCAUUCCUAAACCUAUAUGAGGUCAUUAUUAAAUCAAAGUCAUCACC